GUAAAUUUUAAACAGAAUUGUUAUGUAGUGCCAAAGUAUUGAAAAAUGCCUGGAAAUAAUUUUAAACGAAUUUUUAUAAGCUGUUUAUUAUACCGCUACGCAUUUGCACAGAACACGGACAUCUUUGUACACAGAACGCAUUAUGACGAGUUUAUAAUAUUCAACAAAAACGCGGAAACCUGGAAGGAUGCGCUCGAUAGAUGCCAUGAGCACACAGCCAAUUUGGUCUCACUCGAGUCGCAAAAAAAGCUCAUAGGUUUGCAUAUGUUUUUAUUUUCCAACGAUUUUAUACAGACAACGGUGAAUAAGGCAGAUCGUACUUUUAUAUAUUGGAGCGGUGGCAAUGAUUUAUCAAACCCGGGUACUUAUGAGUGGGAGGGUACAGGCAAGGCCUUUAAAUAUACGCACUGGCUAAAUGAUCAACCGGUGAAUAUUGAAAGCGGCGGCUGUAUACAAUUUGGUGCUGGUGGCUUUGGACGUUGGUCCACAGAAAAUUGCGAUACUAAGCGGUUUUUUGUUUGUGAGCGUAAUAAAAAUUAAUUACAAAC